AUGGCUCAACAAAGCUUGUCGGAAAUUUUAGCCAGCGUGAGUGUUGAUUUGGCCCCGUAUGAAACUCUCUACAAGCAUUUCCACACGCAUCCUGAGCUCUCGCUGCAAGAAAAGGCCACUUCUGAAACAAUUGCCUCCCAUUUGUCCCAGCUCGGAGCCUACGAGAUCCAGACAAACAUCGGUGGUUAUGGUCUCGUAGGCAUCCUCAAGAACGGAGCUGGAAAGACAAUCCUUCUUCGGGCCGACAUAGACGCGCUUCCAGUCAAGGAACUUACCGGCCUCCCGUACGCGAGUUCAGUGACGAUGUCUGAUGCCGACGGCAAUGAAAGACCAGUAAUGCAUGCAUGUGGCCAUGAUAUGCACAUAACAUGCCUUCUAGCAGCGGCUGAAGUCCUAGCCCGUAUACAGAGUGCGUGGAGCGGGACUUUAAUCGUACUCUUCCAGCCGAACGAAGAGCGGGGCGGAGGUGCUCAGGCUAUGGUGGACGAUGGACUUUACUCAAAGAUUCCCAUGCCUGAUUACAUCUUUGGACAGCAUGUCAUGCGAAUGCGGGCUGGAAGCGUUGGUUCCCGACCUGGAACGAUCAUGGCUGCUGCCGAUAGCAUGAAGAUCACUCUUUUCGGCCGCGGUGGUCAUGGGUCACAGCCACAUCAGACGGUAGACCCCGUGCUCCUUGCUGCGCAUGUUGUUGUUAGACUCCAGAGCAUUGUGAGUAGGGAGGUGGACCCGACUGAUCUUGCUGUUGUGACGGUCGGGAGCUUGCAGGCAGGGCAGACAGAAAAUAUCAUUGCAGACCGGGCAGAAAUUGGUGUUGACUUUAGAACUGUCAAGUUGGAGACUCGGGAGAGAAUCAUCUCUGCUAUCCGGCGCAUCGUUGAGGCCGAGUGUCUUGCUAGUGGAUCGCCGAAACCUCCGGUGUUCACACCAACGAGGCGGUUUCCACCCACCGACAACGAUAAACAAGUGGCCUCCAAACUGGCUGCAUCCUUUAGAGACCACUUCGAGGACUUUGAUGCUGAAACGCCAAGGACCAAUGUUAGCGAGGAUUUUUCUACGUUGGGUACUUCUCAGGGACUUCCUUGCUCCUUUUGGUUCAUUGGAGGAAUUGACCCAGAGCUCUGGGAUAAGGGCCAGAGAAAUGAAAUUUCCACGGACGAGAUCCCUGGAAAUCACUCGGCUUUGUUUGCGCCAGUGAUCCAGCCAACGAUGAGAACUGGGGUGGAUGCGUUGUGCCUCGCGGCUUUGACAUUUUUGAAAAAGUAG